GUUUAUACCUUUAAGGACACGAGUUUCUCUGUGAAGACUCCGGAUUAGAAAGACACUUAGGAUACCGGGUUUGGGGAUCAACGUUUCACUUUGGAGGGGAGGGCGUGUAAAAACGCCCUCUGAAGGCUUCCCUUCUGCUCCCCAAUGGCGGUACCGGGCUCCUCACACGGCCAGGCCUGGAACCUGGACCCUCCCACUCCCACGGCCCCUACCUCCUCGUCCUCGGGCCCCCAGGAACGGGAGGGCGCCGGGAGCCCAGUUGUCUCCAGGGGGCUUCCCUUGGAGAAGGUCAAACGGCCCAUGAAUGCCUUCAUGGUGUGGAGCUCCGCCCAGCGCCGCCAGAUGGCGCAGCAGAACCCGAAGAUGCACAACUCGGAGAUCUCCAAGCGCCUGGGGGCGCAAUGGAAGCUGCUGGGCGAGGAUGAGAAGCGGCCCUUCGUGGAGGAGGCUAAGCGGCUCCGAGCCCGGCACCUGCGCGACUACCCUGACUACAAGUACAGGCCCCGGCGCAAGACCAAGAGCGCGGGCGCCGGGUCGCCCCACUUGAGCCAGGGAAGCAGUGGCGUGGCUGGCGGCGGGCCAGUCUGGGGGCCUGGAUAUGCAGCCAACCAGGGGAGCAGAGGCUUUGGGUACCAGCCCCCCAACUAUUCGACAGCCUACCUUCCUGGCAGUUAUGGCUCUUCCCACUGCAAACCUGAGGGCCCUGCGCCGUGCUCUCUCCCUCAGAGUAACCCAAGGCUCCAGGGGGAGCUACUCCCCGCUUACAGCCCCUAUCCACCCCCAGGCUCUCCCCCUCUGUACAACCCACCCCUCUCAGGGACCCCCUUGCCCCUGACCCACCUCUAACCCUCAUAGACAUGGCCCGCCCAGAAAGGUGUCCAGUCUCCUUUUCUACGUUUCCACCCAGAACACCACCACACCCACUCCCAGGCUGCUAAUCCUUUAGAACUAUGUUGGACCACAGUUCAGAGAUGAGCAGUACUCCUCAAACCCCAGAAAGCUAGGGGGAACAACACCCACAGAUUUUUUUUUGUAGGCUGAAUACAGUUUUGUACAAUUAAA